CAUCGGUCAUCAUGGUAUCGUGAGUAUUUGAGGAACACUUUGACGCUGUAUCAUGAACUCCUGUGAGAUGAACAGUUAGGAGUGUCUUCUAGCGACUCACAUCUUCCUCAAUGUUGAGGAAGUGUAUGUGACAUGGUGAUGUACAGCUGGAAAGUGACCAGGCGUCAAUCAAGACAAGAAACUCUGUAGACUUCCGAGAUGGCUGGUGCAGAAGAGUUCCAGGAGCUGCAGAGUAGUAGCAGCAAUGAGGCGUGUCGCAUGGAAGAGCGACCAGAGCAUGGGAUGAAGAUUCUUCAGGGUCUUCACAAGCUCAAAAAUGACAAGAUUCUGUGUGAUGUCACACUCAUCGCAGAAGGUCACAGAUUUGAUGCUCAUCGUGUCAUUUUGGUAUCCUGCUCAGACUAUUUUCGGUCAAUGUUCACGAGUGGGAUGCGGGAAAGCACACAAAGGGAGAUUGAACUAAAGGGCAUUACAAGUAAAGGCCUUGACAAAACUCUUGAGGUCAUUUAUACCUCCACAACCACCUUGGAGGGUGACGACAUCUUUGAUGUGAUUGCUGCAGCUACACAUUUACAGGUGACACCAGUGAUUGAAUUCUGUGAGAGGAACUUCCUUAGUGGUAUGACCACUAGUAAUUUCUAUGAUUUUAUCAACACAGCCAAACUCUAUAGUAUGAAUAAUGCUUUGAAGCAGAUAGACGUGUUCAUAGCAAGGAAUCUCAUGCAGAUCUCAAAGGAGGGAACACUGCACCUUCUCACCUACGAUCAGAUGAUCAACUGUCUGAAUAGUGACCGUCUGUGUCUGCGUGAGAUAGACAUUUUCCACAUCACCUGGGAGUGGUUCCUGCUGAAUAGUAACCAGGACGAUCAGGCUAUACAGCUGAUGAAGCUGAUUCGUUUCCCCCUAAUCAAUCCAGCUGAUCUAGUGCAGCACGUCCAGCGAGUAGACAUGAUGAUGAGUCAUACAGAACUUAGGCAGAUGGUACUAGCUGCUCUCAACUACCAUGUGGUGCCCCACUCACAGCCCCUGGAAGCAAGCUAUAGCGUACACCUGCGCUCCUUUGUAGAACGUCUUGCUAGUAUUGGGGGACGGGAGAUCCACCCCAAUCCAUGUCUACAUGAUGAAAUACUGGUCUUUGAUUCCAAAAUCACCUCUAAUAGUUUACUGAACAGAACAGAAAUUGCAUCAUUACCAAGUGCUCUUAGUCACAUGCAGGUGGUGGUGUUCAACAACUUCCUGUACGUUUUAGGGGGCUGUACUACACAGUGUGCCCAUGGAGAGUCAGCAGUCAAUUCUGUUCUACGGUAUGACCCUCGUUUUGAUAAUUGGUUUCAAGUAUGUCCAAUGAUGAACAAGAGAGCCUAUUUCUUUGCGGGAGCACUACAUAACAGGAUAUAUGCUGUAGGGGGAAAGUUCAAGGAUGGUAGUUUGGCGACUGCAGAAUGUUACAACCCUGGAGAUAAUACGUGGGAGAUGAUCGCACCUAUGCCCAUGUCGUAUCAUGCCCAUGCUGGUGCUGUUUAUGGGACCCACAUUUACAUAUCUGGGGGCUACAGUGGUAAUCAUUUCACUCCUGACAUGCAGCGAUAUGACCCCUCCACCAAUCAGUGGGAAGACAUGGCUUCUAUGUUGACACCACGUGGCUGGCACGUCAUGUGUGCAACUCAAUACAAACUGUAUGUGUUUGGUGGCUGUAACCUCAAUGUGAACCAGCAGGCACAACCAGUGAUGCAGUCUGAAUGUUAUGACCCAUCCACAGACCAGUGGACUAUAAUCGCCCCCUUGUCCAUCUCCCACAAAGAGGCUUCAUGUGUGGUUUACAAUGAUCAGAUAUAUGUACUCGGGGGUUACAAUGUACAGACAAAAACCGGACAGAAACUUGUUUCACGAUUUGACCUGUACACGGGUAUCUGGGAAACUGUUGGGGCAUUACCCAGAAGUCUAACAGGAGUGGGCUACUGUACCCUUAAACUACCUGCCUACAAUCUUGAUGAUUCUGAUUAAGUAGUCAUUAUAAGCCAUACGUUUAUCAAAAGUUGAAAACAAUAUACACGUUAUGUGUGCUUUGAUUGUUAUUGUACACACCCAAGUGUUCGUAUUGUAUGGAUUCUCAGUCGGUGUGCACAGUGACAGCUUUAAGACAGAGAGAGGGUUAAACGAGGAACUACAAAUACAUGUAGCUAAUGGCCGUACCACUGGCAGUAUGGGGACGUUCACUUCCAACUGUAGGAUUGAUACAUAUAAAUAUGUCCACUUAUUUGAGUAGAUCAGAAAAGUAAAAUGGGUACUGUAUACAGUUUUAUUAUUUCAUUUGUUAUUUUCACAAUUUCUGAA